CUAGCCGUGCCGGAGCAGCGAGGCGGCCACGCUCUGCACCGCGACGUCCGGGCCUCGGGGUCUCCCUCCCGCCAGCCGUCUCGGCCGAUGCUGAGGGUCGGUGCCCAUCCCGCGCGGAGGGGACCCGGCCGGGCCGCCGAGCCGGGCCGGGGGCCGGAGCCCGAGCCUGCGCCCGAGCCCGAGCUCGUCAGAAGUUAAGGUCUGCGCGGGGCGGCCAUUGGCUGCGGAGCGUCACGUGACCGCGGGGGCGUGCCAAUGUGCGCCCUCACGGGUGUCAAGCCCCUGUCAGAGUGUGCGAUCAAGAUCGUGAAACAACGCGAUGCAAAAAGCGACCUACUACGACAGUUCGGCGAUCUACGGUGGCUACCCUUACCAGGCAGCCAACGGGUUCGGUUAUAAUGCCAAUCAGCAGCCGUACCCGGCAUCCACAGCGUUGGGCGCCGAUGGCGAGUACCACCGACCCGCCUGUUCACUCCAGUCGCCUGCAAAUGCUGGGAGCCACCCCAAGGCGCACGAGCUGAGCGAGGCCUGUCUGCGCACCCUGAGCGGUCCGGCCAGCCAGCCUCCGGUUCUCGGCGAGCCGCCCCUGGCCCCACCGCCACCCCAGGCUGCGCCCCCUGCCCCACCGCAGCCUCCAGCUCCGCCUCAGCCCCCUGCACCCACCCCUGCCGCGCCCCCGCCCCCCUCUUCAGUCUCCCCACCUCAGAAUGGCAGCAGCAACCCCACCCCCGCCAGUGCAGCCAAGAGCCCCCUACUCAACUCGCCCACCGUGGCCAAACAAAUCUUCCCCUGGAUGAAAGAGUCUCGGCAAAACACAAAGCAGAAAACCAGCGGCUCCAGCUCAGGGGAGAGCUGUGCAGGUGACAAGAGCCCACCUGGGCAGGCAUCAUCCAAGAGGGCGCGCACGGCCUACACAAGCGCGCAGCUGGUGGAACUAGAGAAGGAAUUUCACUUCAACCGCUACCUGUGCCGGCCGCGCAGGGUGGAGAUGGCCAACCUGCUGAACCUCACUGAGCGCCAGAUCAAGAUCUGGUUCCAGAAUCGACGCAUGAAGUACAAGAAGGAUCAGAAGGGCAAGGGCAUGCUGACGUCAUCAGGGGGUCAGUCCCCAAGUCGCAGUCCCGUGCCCCCCGGCCCUGGCGGUUAUCUGAACUCUAUGCAUUCGCUGGUUAACAGCGUCCCAUACGAGCCCCAGUCGCCCCCGCCUUUCUCCAAGCCCUCUCAGGGCGCCUAUGGGUUGCCCCCUGCCUCCUACCCCGCACCCCUGCCCAGCUGCGCACCGCCGCCGCCUCCACAGAAGCGCUACACGGCGGCAGGGGCGGCCGCGGGGGGCACACCCGACUAUGAUCCACACGCGCAUGGCCUGCAGGGCAACGGCAGCUAUGGGACUCCACACUUACAGGGAAGCCCCGUCUUCGUGGGGGGCAGCUAUGUGGAGCCCAUGAGCAACUCUGGCCCGCCCCUCUUUGGCCUAACUCACCUGCCCCACGCCGCCUCGGCUGCCAUGGACUACGGGGGCGCUGGGCCACUGGGUAGCGGUCACCAUCACGGGCCCGGGCCAGGGGAACCGCAUCCAACCUACACGGACCUUACCGCCCACCAUCCUUCUCAGGGAAGAAUUCAGGAAGCCCCCAAGCUCACUCAUCUGUGAUGGUGGGCUUGGGGCUGCGCGCCAGGAGAGUCCCCCCACCCCACCCCACCCCACCAUCUUUCUUCAUUUGCUUUUUUUGUUUUAAGGUUCUUUUUGCACCUCCCUUUCCUCUCUUCUCCAGCCCCCCCCCCCCCGCCCCGCUCUCCCCCGACCCGUUUUGUUUUCUUUGGUAACACGUUUUUAUGGUUUAUGUGACGUAGCAAUCUUGGUUGCUGGAAUGGCUGUCGGUAUCAGUAGUGAUAUGUAUCUGCUCCCGCCCCUCGCUGGGCCGCUGGCCUUGCACCCUUUACCUUCUCUACUCUUUGAUCAGAAACAGGGUAUAUGAACAAAUUUUCUAGCCAAGUUCUUCAAUGUGAAUUUGUUCGUACAUUAUGGCUCCCGAGGGGAAGCAAUUACUUUUAAUUUUUAGUUGUUUUUUUUUUUAUUGCACUUCUUGUAAAGAGCGAGAAAAAAUCAAAGGCGCUUUGAGACAGGGGCUCCCUGUACAAGGAUGACUAAGUGUACGUCUUUCCGUGUGUGUAUGCUGGUGAAGUCAGAUUUAUUUAUAUUUUUUUUGCAAGCAUUGAAUAAUCUAAGUUUUAAAUAUUAUUUAUCCCCAUCCGUCUGUAUUUAUAUUAAAGAAAUUCUGUACCCUGAUUGUUCAGAAGGUUUCUUGGGCCUUUUGUUCAAUGGUGUAUUGGCGUACAUAGGAAAAAAAAGUUUAUUCGAAAGGGAAGUAUAAUUCCUUUAUAAAGAUGGUAAUGAUGCAAUAAUACCAGAGAGGAUCCAGCUUUUGAAAACAGUGAUCUAGGUUUGUAACAUCCGGCGAAACUGGGAAAAAAAAAAUCUGUAAACGCGAAAAAUGCUAGAUUUGUUUUGAGAGUUCUACAUUCCUUGCUGCUCACAUUCUGAGAAACAAAACAAAAAAUAAAAUAAAGUUUUUAUUCUGAAUAAUAUCCGUGUUCAAAAGAGAGUCUUUGGCCGAAGAGAAGGGUCUGCAUGGAGUCCAGGCGGAGGUGAAUUGGCGGAGCAGGCCGCGGCAGCCCUCCAGCUCCAGCGUGAGGCCUGGCCAGGCGGCUCGCCUGGGAGCGCGGCGAAUUCUCGGGGAAGGCAGUCGGAGCUUCUGGCGGCGGCCGCUCUGGAAACACCGAGCUGGCAGCUCGCUGGGCUGCCCGGUUCCCAGCUGCCACCGUGGCCAGCCGCGGGCGAAGGGGCGGCGGCGGAGUGCUGAGUGCGGAAGGAACAAAGGCGGCCCGGCUGAGACGCGGCGGGGGGUGCACAGGUGACCCGGCAGCCCCGCCAGGGAGUAAGGUAGGGCUGUCUUCUCCACUAUCUUUUUUGGAUCAAAGCGGGCCAGCCAACGCCUUACCACGGGGAAUCGCCGGCCGCGCUGAGGAUGCAUUUUCUAGGAGCAACCGAAUGCUCCGCGGAUGCUUCGCUGUUCCUUACCGCACCAAGAGGAACCACAGGAAUCACAGCUAAAAUCGCCCCUGGGAGUGGGGAGGUUCCGAAGAGACCCACGACUCCAGCAAAAGAACGGCUGAACUCCGAGGAGCCUGCUCAAGUCCUUCCAUAGACUGAGUCCUAGCAUUGGCUUCUUCCCGGAAUAUAGGAUUUGGCGUUCUCUGGAUUUAUUUCCUCUCCUUCUUCCCUCCCUGCUUUCCUUUUAUGGCCCAGGGGGAGGGGGAGAGAGAGGAGAUCGGUAUCUUUCUAAUAAAAAUGCAGUUUUAAAGUACUUCUUUUAUUUAAUGCUACAGGAGCUAAACAUUAUAUUUCUACUGCUGGAUUUAAGAGGGCUGACUACUGACUGGCUGGCAGAGGCAAAGGCAGGCACAGGAAAGGAAAAUAUUUUCAUGUUCAGAUUAAAGAAUUGCUCAGAGAAGAAACCAAAAUCAGAAAGUGCAAACCUCGGAACUGCAUCCCCAUCAGCAACUCCCCCCCUCCAAAGCAGAAAGUGAGGAACCACCUGUGUCUGGGUAUCAGGAGCAUCUGAUGUGAGAAAUGUAUCCCCCAUCUCCCCGGAUUGUAUCUUUCAGAGGCAGAGAUGGGAAAUGUCGCCAUUUUGUUUGCAAUCCAAAAUAUACAUCAUCAUGGCCACUAUCUUUCCCCUGAGAAACUCCGGAAUAUGAGCUUUCAAAACAGGCAAUAGGAGCCAUUUUAGGGGUACCUACUGGGCCUGGAGGAGCUGCUUUUAGGGAACCUCCUGAAGUCUCAAAAAAAAAAAAGAGAAAAAGACUGGGAAGAUGCAAAGUCAGGCAGCUGUAAAGAGCUGGGUGUUUCACUGCUAGAGGUGCUUCCCCUAAAUCUGUCCUGGAGCUCCUGCUACAUUUUUUUUUUUUUUUUUUCCUUUUCAAAAGAGUUUAGGAUGUAGAAGAAGUAGAUUUUGCUCUCUACCCCACUCCUACAUCCCUGCUGAAAUAUGGCGCAACCCAGAAAUGCAGAGUUGGAAAACCAGUGUUUUCUCCAGUGAGGACUGGAGCUUCCACCCUUUUGCUUGUUCAGAUAUGAACACAGUAGGCUGAGCAGACAAGGGAGGCUUCUGUUAAGUAAUAAUUUUAGAGGAGUGUGUAAAAUUACCUGGGCAGUAGGGGGAGGGGAGAAAGAGAAGGCAGAGAGAGAGAAAGCUACCCAUCCAGAGAGAAAAAAAAUCUUUCAGGGAUACCACUAUUUGUAGUUUCUAAAAUCUGCCCUUUAGCUGAGGAAGAACUGGUUUGGAGGCGUCCACCUUCCCUCAGGGCAGAUUUUUAAAGUGAGAUUCCAAUAUGAUUUCCCUUAUCUUGCCAGUCAAGAUGUUCAUUUUGACUUUCAGAGAAAAAAAAUAUCAAUCUCAACCUCCAUUUUCUAGAUAUUAAACAGAAAUCUGUAUUAAAAUAUCUCCUGAGUUAAAGUAAUAGAUUUGGGGAAGAUUUCAGUGUUGAGUGGUUUAAAAAAAAAGGGGGGGGGGGUUCUUCCAGAUGGUAUUUGAAUUAAGGCCGCUGAGGCGAGCAGAAAGCUCUCACCCACGCAGCCCCUGACAAAGCCUCAGCGAUAUGGGGGCAGCGUUGCUUCCUUUCCACACUCCUCCUCCCCUUAACCCCUCAAUAUUUUCUGGUAAAAGCAAAUGCCAAAAGCCACCAUCCCAGAGUCCGCAAAGCACCUUUCCUAAAAGCAGCCCUCGAACUCUGCUGCCAAAAAUAUCUUUAAAGAGACUAGUUUUCCUUGUUUCCUUGGUUUCCUGCUCUCCUCUUUGCUCAACCACAUUUGAUCUUGGAAAGAGCUCGAAGCUGAAAUGUGUUCUUAAGGGCCAGAAGCUGUCAAGGCUUUUGGUGAGCAAGAUUGAUCGCACCCAGACUUCCUUCAGAGCUUUGUUUGGAAUAAAAGCAAGAAAACUGAAAAAAAAAACCUCACAUUUUCCAAAAUAGCAUCUCUAUCUGUAAGGCAUUGCUCUGGGCUAGUCAAUGACGGAGGCCACUUUCUAAUUUCCAACCCAAGCCCCUUUGAUGCCAGCCUCAGAGAUGGAGUCCUGUCCUUGUGGCUUGCUCAGCCUUUCUUGUUUUCUACGUAGAUUUUUCUCCCCCAACAAUCUUUCUCUCCCUAGCCAUCAGAAUGAUUUAUUUUCCUGCCACCGAUGCCUGCCGGCCAGGGGGAGUCUGAUCACUUGGUCCAUUUCAAAGGAAGCAAAAGCGAAUCAUCAUCCUCGGUGUGGGGGAAAAGAGAUACCUUCAGAUUGCUCUCUCAGCCUCCUUCCCUUUUUCUGGCUUGGUGGAUUUUUGCAGAGUUAUUGUUUGGUAUCUAAAGGUGUCAUCUUUUGAACCCUCCAGCACAGUCCAAGAUGCGCUCAGUCUCAAGUCUCCGAGUUGGAAAAAAGGAGUGAACAGAGAAACAGAACCUUUAUAAUUCCUCCUUGGGUCGCCCUUUCUCACCCGCGGUGCUGUUUCCCACAACAGACCCCGAGUGCAAACAUCCCUGGUGGCCAAGAAGCGGGACAGUUCAGGAGACGAUUCUGGCUGCCAAGGAGCACUCACUGCAUCUGAAUCAACAAGCCCCAUCAGAGCGACCAGGAUGAGAAGAAGGGAAGGAGAAGAAAAAGAAAGAACAAGCAAGCACCUUCUCCCUCCGUGCUGCUAACUUCCAACAGACUUCCUGGAAAUCAGAAAUACUUACCGCACCCGAGCCCUACGGGUAUGAAACCCAGAAUGCCAGGAGCCGCACGCGCCUGCUCGGGGCGGCAUUUCUUUGGCUGGCCGCCGCCCUGGCUACAGGGAUUUGGGCACAUGGAUCUGGGGUUGUUGUCUCGCUUGGCACAUGCCUCUAUCUUUCUCGAGCCACUCCUGAAAAGUUGAUGGCGCAGGAGGGUCGGGAAGCCUGGAGAGCCGCCUCCCGUUUUCCGCUUCCCGCUGGAGCCAGAUGCGAAGCUGUCGUGGAAAAGCCGGCUAACAAUGGACCCCGGUCCGGGGUCCGGGGGGCGCGGAC